AAAGCCCCACGGGGAACCUUCUUCUUCGAGCCCAACCUGGCCACCUUGCUCGCCGCGCAAUCCGUUUGUUCGCUGGCCAGGUGGCUGUGCGGAACAUGGUCAGCCUCCAACUCAUAUGCGCGUCGAGACCGGUGGGAGGAGCUGCAGACUCGCAGCGCUGACAUCCUCCUCAUCGGCGGAGGGGAUCUGGAGGAGAUCUAUGUCGGCCUGUGGUACCCCGGGGUGUCUGUUGAUGUUGGCGGGUACUUCACAGGCAUACGAUCUGGCUACAUGUCAUUGUUUGCCGCCGUCGGGAGUGGCUCUGACAAGUUUGUCACCUGCCGACCUAUCAAUCCAUCUCCAGGAUCGGACGAGACGCUUGCUCUCUCACGAAGCUGGGCAGAACAAUGCUUUGAGCACCAUGAGAAAUGCCCUAAACCAAGCCCAUCAUUCAUGCCCAGAAUGAUACUAGAAUGUACGAGGACCACCGCUGGCUACCAAGCAGCCAUCCGCUUCCCAUCCCCAACAGCCCCAGCGCCCUAUCUCGCCCUCAGCUACUGCUGGGGCGGCGACCAGCCUCACAAGACAACACGCAGCAGGCUGGCCUCGGAGCAAGUAGGCCUGCUGUGGGACACCCUGCCGGCCUCCAUCCAGGACGCGAUCGUGGUCACCCUCAGCCUAGGGUACCGCUUCCUGUGGGUCGACAGCUUGUGCAUCGUCCAGGACGACAACCUCGACAAGCAGCGGCAGAUCGCCCUCAUGCCCCAGAUUUACCACAACGCUGCCAUCACCAUCGUGGCAGCGCGGGCCGAGAGGGCUGUGGACGGUUUCCUCCAUCCACACCCUUCUUCUUCUUCUUCUUCCUCUUCUUCUUCUUCUUCUUCUUCUUCUUCUUCCUCCUCCUCCCCCUCAAUCGGCCCCGUGUACACAGCCAACGCCCAGACGGCAGACCGGCCAGAGCCCACCGACUACCGCGGCUGGUGUCUCCAGGAAGCCUUCCUCUCGUCGCGCGUGCUCGAGUUCGCCACCAACAACGUAAACUGGUGCUGCGCCACGCAGUUCGGCGCCGACAAGCCCACCGACGGCUGGAAGGCCUCGGGCCACGAGCCCCAGCUCCGCGCGCAGUUCAGCAUCCAGCGGCUCCAGCAGCAGUACCCCGGCCACCAGCAGCAACAAAGCCACGGCCGCGACCGCUGGCUGUUUGGCCUCAGCAGGGGCGAGCACGAGUUCUACCAGCUGGUGGAGAAGUACUCGCGGCGGCACCUGACGGACCCUCGGGACCGCAUCCUGGCCAUCUCGGGCAUCGCCGACAUGAUGCGUGCGGCGAGCGACGGCGGCGCCUACAAGGCCGGCCACUGGACGCGCACGCUGCAGCGGUGGCUGCUCUGGCGCAUCGACGUGCGGGCACGCAGGGCGCGGCCCGGUGCGUACCAGGGCCCGUCCUGGUCGUGGGCCGGCGUCAACGGCCCCGUCGAGUUCAUCCUUGCGCGGUUCGAAAUGGACCUGGGGGACGAGGCCGCCAUGGGUCUCGAGGUGAACGUCAGGCUCGUCGACGAGGAGGCGCCGUGCGGUGCGGUUCAUGAGGGCCGCGUCACGGGGUCGGGGAAGAUGCUUCGUGCUUUGUGGUCGUGGCGACAGGCUGAGCCGCGCCAUUCCCUGCACAGGGUGUCGUUGUUGCCGGCAACACGAGAGGGAUCGUCUUGCACAGACGGACACGGCGUCGAGCAGAUCCCCAUGCUGCAGAUGUUUCCUGACGCUCUCGAGAGCGAC